AUGACAAAGCCGUCAUUCGAUCAAAAUUCUUCUAGUAACCAUCUCAACACUUUAAUUUUUAAUAAAGAAUCAAGAAUAUGUAUUUCUACAACCGAUUAUUAUCAUGUCAAUGGAGCUGAUAAUAAAACAUUCACUCAUAGUAAUGGAAAUAUAUACGAAAGAUGUAAUACACCAAGUAAUUUACGCAGUAAACAAACACUAAAUGGAUCCAUUCAUAAUAGUUUAACAUCUGGAACUAAUACAUCAUUUAAUGAUCAAUUGGAUGCACAGACAAUGAAUAAUGAUACGAAUAGUACUAAUUGUACAAAUGACACAUGGAAGUUGAAUGGAUCCAGUUCAAUUGGUAGAAUUAAUAACAACAAUUCAUUUAGAAAAUCAUUUUCUUCUUCUAAUUUACCAUCAUCCUCAUUAUUGUCAACAUCCAUAAUUAAAAAUAAAUUCGAUCAGUUGAAUACUAAUCUGAUACAACCUAAUGAAUCAUUAAAUCAAUCCUAUGACAGUUAUCAAUAUCAACAACAGUCAGUAAGCAAUUCAACACUGAACUGUAAUUCAAAUGAACAAUGUAAUUUAACGUGUUCUCUUUUAUGUUCAUAG